UUAACAUUAACAUGUAAUUAUAGGUACAAAUAAUAGGCUAGAACCAUUAAAACUGUGUUGAACAUAAUUAUUUAAAAAAUCUUUUGAAGUUAACAGAUUAAAAAUGAUAAUCAUAGAGAACGGAAAUCGAAAAUUCUCGCGGCAAAUCAAAAUGACCAAAUUUGAAAUAAGUAUCUAUAAAAUAACCAGCCUUAUAGUGAGUAAAUAGUAAUGUUAUUUCUUUUAUAGAAAAUAAGAGUAGAUUUUUUAUUAGAAUUAGGUAUUAUGGUAAUAAUCAAUAUGCUUAUAAAUGUCUAACAACAAGCACAUAUUGAUCAAAUUUCCAGAGAUAUCCAGCCUAACCGAUUAUAAUAUUUAAAAUGGACGCUUCUAUCCCAGUUUUUGAAAAAUCCCAUCCUCGAAUUAGUGUUUUAGAUUGGACUAGAAAUAUACAAAGGCUACAGAAUGAAGCUAGAUUGCGUCGAUUCGAAUCAUACGAGCUUAGACAACGGGCUAAUCAACUUCGUAAUGAAACUUCGGUUACUACACGAUGGGAUAACUACGUUAACAAUGAGCUGAUGAGGGACAGAAUUUUCGAAGUUGAUUCAUGGCGUGAAAAUCAAAGAUUUACACGCGAGCAAGUGAGAGAUGAAAUCAGAGCAUUAAAGGAGGAGAAAAAUGCAACAGAAUUGCACUUGGAGUCGCUUCAAGUACCGUUGAUGGUGGUGUCUCAGUGUCUGUCUAAUAGAGAUCAGAGAGUACCAAAGGAGUUGACAAGAGAUCAGCUUGGAGAGGAAUUAAGGAAGGAACUUCAUAUAAUUGAAAACAGCAAGCGUGUUCUUACCGAUGUAUGCCACAUGGGCUGGCAGAAAAUCAAGGAUCUAACCAACGUCUUCUGCAGAUUGGAGCGAGAGAUUCAGAACAAGGAUGACUGCCUCGACUUAGAGUAUCAUGUGAAGGACUUGACUAGGGAGAGUUCUGAGAUAUCUUAUAAAGUCAACCCUACGAGAAUUCCACCAGAUUCAAUGACUGAAGAAAGUUACGUCCAUUGUAUACAAAACACGAUAAAAAUAGCGGAACAGCUCAUGCAGGAAUCCAAGGAGUUGCGAGAAACGAUGUUCAAAAGCAGAGAGCAGGCAAGGAACCAAAUGUACGCGCAAAGUCAACAGGUGGAGAUGAUUCUGCGGAGACGGGUUUAUGAUAUACAGAGGGCGAGGAACGAAAUGGAGUGGCAGAAAUAUAAGCUGGAAGCAAACUUGCAAAAAGUUGACCGUGAGAUUGAGUCUCUUCGAGCAGCGGUCGCUGACAAAAUAAAUCCCACCAAGCUAGUGGAAACUCGGCUGGAAACCAGAACCAGACGACCAGUGCUUGAAAGAGUCCAGGAUAAGCCAAUGAGCGGUUUGAUAGAAGAAUACGAAAGAGUGCAUACAAGUUCCAAUAUGCUAGAGAAAAAACUGCAAGAGUCACUGUCGACAUAUCACGGAAUGUACAACCACCACCAACGCGUUACGAAAGACUUGGAGUACAAGAACCAGGCGUUAGAAACGGACCGACGUUUGAUUGAAAUCCGUAAGCCCUUGCAUAGAGAAGACGACACCGAGUUCAAGAGGAAUGUUGGCUAUUGCCACAUGGCUGAUGAACUUGUUACUGAUUAA